UUGCGUUCUGGGCCAAGAGAGAACCCCUUUGGUCAAUACGCUACUCCAAGGAGAACAAGAGGAAAUAAAACAAUCUCAUGGGUACUACCAAAAGAGUUGCAGCCAUGAAAUACGACGAGAUAAUCCUCCCCGUUCAUCCCGAUCACGUGCUCAAGCUCAAAACCAAGGCAAAACCCUACACUUGCAAUGGUUGUUACGAAUAUGGAUUGCACACCCGAUACACAUGCAACGAGCCAUCGUGCAACUUCCACCUUCACAAGGCUUGUGCUCUCGGCUCCAUUCACGAGCCUACAAUCACCCAUGCUUUCUAUCCAAACCGCACGUUCUUAUUCCUCGCUUCGCCAGAAAACGCAGGCCAAAUAUGCAACGCGUGUGCACGAGAAAUCAAGGGAUGCAACUAUCAUUGUUUUGAUGAAGACCUUUACCUGCAUCCAAGCUGUGCAAAGCUUCCUUUCACAAGAGACGAGGGUGAUGUGAAGCUGGCGUUGAAGUAUAAGGUGUCAUCGAAGUGCUACAAGUGCAAAAAGAAAAAAUACAAAGACGAGAAGAGGAGCUGGUCCUAUGCAUGUGAAGAUUGUCACCUCCAUGUUGCUUGUGUGAAGGACAUGCUGAUUGAGGACUGGGAGAGGGGGUACCUCGGCCAUGGAGGUGGAUCAGGCAAAGGGAAGGCAAAGGUGAAAGAUGAAAUGGCACUGGUAGCGACAGAAAUGCCAAAGCUACAAAUUGUGAUCGAUAAAGGGAAGAAGAAAUGGAGUUCGAAGCUCGCGAAGAUUGUCAAGUAUAUGAAGAUCAUCAUCGCUUCUAUAAUAGGAGCGGUAACUGGGGAUCCAACAGCUCUUGUUCUUAGUUUAAUUUCCUCCACCUCUUCUGGUUGAGAUUCUGUUGAGAGACUACUAUUGAGUGUGACAUUGGAGAAGGGUUUUGCUUGUUGUUGCUUUGAAUAAAGCAGUAGUAAUGGGAGACUCGACUGCUGUGGAUUUUGGUUUCCUUCUAUCCUGAUUUCGGAUUGAAGGGUUUGGUUCUUUCCAUUUUC